ACAGCAAGGCGCGCCUCGUUUCGUUCUAAAGUCUCGUCACAUCCGUGUCGCGCGUGUUACGCCUAAACGGUAAGUGCGUCCGUAAGUGGAGUCGUCGCGCAAAAAACAGGUCUCGCUAGUUGCCAUUUCUAGCGGCUAGUUGGCUCUCCCAGCCAGACAGACAGCGCAAGUGUUCUCUCCAAACUCUGAUUGUACGCGAGAUAGGCCAUCGCAACCGAGGAGGCCAUCGUGUCGCGAUAAUGCCUCACCGACAGCAGUGCACCGCCAAUGGAGCUCGUGGUAACAUCGGUCAUCAGUUUGGGCGUGCUGCUUGCAACGCUCUGUCUGUGCGUGUACCUGCUCGUGGUGCGUAAGUAUUCCUACUGGCGAUCGUACCAUGUACCGUACGUCGAGCCGGAGCUGCCGUACGGCAACUUCAAGGAGAUGGGCAAAUCGAUCCAUCCGGCUCACCUCAGCCAACGGUUUUACGAGCAGUACAAAGCAGUGCCUGGUAGUCCCGGUUUUGUGGGGCUGUACAUCUUUCUCAACCCGGUGCUGCUCGUUACGGAUCUGAAGCUAGCGAAACGCAUUCUGAUCGAAGACUUCCAUCACUUCCCCGACCGGGGUGUGUACUUCAACGAGAAGGAUGAUCCUCUGUCGGCGCAUCUCUUCGCGAUCGAGGGGCAACGGUGGAAGGACCUGAGGGCGAAGAUCACACCCACCUUCACAAGUGGGCGUAUGAAGGCGGCAUUCCCACUAGUGCUCGGCAUUGCCGAGCAGUUCUGUGGCUUUCUGCGCGAACAGUACACGUCGGACGAUGUGGUGGAGGUACGCGAUCUUAUGGCACGCUUCACGACGGACGUGAUCGGUUCGUACGCGUUCGGGCUGGAGUUGAACAGCUUCCGGGAUCCGCAGAACGAGUUCCGGCGCAUCGGGCGCAAACACUUCGACACACCGCGCAACCAUCCGCUCAAAGUGUUUAUCAUGAAAACGUUCCGCGGGCUGGCGAACCGGCUCGGGCUGAAGCUGCUGCACGACGAUGUGGCCGCCUUCUUCCAGAGCGUGAUCCGCGAGACGAUCCACCAUCGGGAGGGGCACGGUGUGCGGCGGAACGAUUUUCUCGACCUGCUGAUAAGGCUGAAGAACACGGGCUCGCUGGAGGGCUCGCACGAGAUAGUGGGCCGGCUUUCGGGUGACGAAAUUGCGGCACAAGCGUUCAUCUUCUUUACCGCCGGCUUCGAGACGUCGUCCAGUGCGAUGACCUACACGCUGUACGAGCUGGCGCUAAAUCAGGAAGCACAGCGGAAGGCCCGGGAGUGUGUGCUCGAGGCGCUCGCGAAGCAUGACGGAGUUGUGUCGUACGAAUCGUCCAAAAAUAUGCUAUAUUUAGAUCAGUGCAUCUAUGAAACUCUUCGCAAGUACCCGCCGGUGGCAAUAUUGGAGCGAAUCGUCACCAAACCGUACCGCAUUCCGGACACCAGCGUAACACUUCACCCGGGGAUGAAGAUCAUGAUUCCGGCGUACGCGAUUCACCACGAUCCGGACAUCUAUCCCGAGCCGGCCACGUACGACCCGGAUCGGUUCACACCGGAACGGAUGGCACGGCGUGAUCCCUGUGCCUAUCUGCCGUUCGGGGAGGGUCCCCGGAUAUGCAUUGGGCUGCGGUUUGGCAUGAUGCAGGCACGGAUCGGGCUGGCACUGCUGCUGAAACACUUCCAAGUGCUGCCCUGUAAGGAGACGGACGUGCCCUUAACCUACUCCCCGAGGGCGUUCGUGCUGACACCGGUUAAUGGCGUGCGGUUGCGGUUGGUUAAGUACGAUGCGCACGGUGCAGCGGAAGGAAAUUAGUGACGUUGAAGGGAAGUCACUUAGGAGGUAAAGAUGGGAAAUGUUAAAAACAGUAAUGAAAUUCCAUGUGUGAAACGCGUAGCCAAUUCAAUUCAAUAUUCCAUAUAGCUUGUUAAACAGAUAAACUUAAUAAAAUAUCAAAAAUAUUAAGAACAAACG